AUGUCCUUUUCCAGUGGUGGUAUUGUUGGCUCUAGCGCCUACGGAGGAGGUGAAUUACGAGAACGACAACACGUUACUAGUGUGUUAGGAAGCAGUGGUAGCAGCUCCACUGGAAUAGCACCUCAUUUACAGAAUAGUCGAUUUGAUGAUGUUCAACUGUUUGAUGAUCGCAGCAAUACGGCAUCAUCAGCUCCUCAUCUUCAAUCUUAUCAUCAUCAAGGUGGUGGAGUUCAUACACAAGCACACUAUGAUCCUUCACAUACCAACACGAAUUAUAAUCAAUAUUCUAACGUGGUGAUGAAUGAAAAAUUUCAAACCGGAUCUUCGUUUCUUUACAACAAGAGAAUUGUUCCUAUUUUGAUUGUGAGCAUGAUCCCCGUAUUAACACUUGCUGGAAAAUAUAGUUUGUUCGUACUACUCAUGGGAUUGUUGGGCAUGUACACCUUGGACUUUCUUCACCAAAAAGCUUACGCCUUUAUAAUGUUUUGGGUCUCUCUGUGUUUGUUUUGGGCCAGCAUUUACACAACAAGCGCAUCUCUACUCUGGAUUUCCAUCUUUAACAUUUUUGUGUUGCUGAAUGGAAGCUUAUUUGUGAUGCUAACGGGAUUUUGGGCAUCGCUUCAAUCUGAGUGGUUCAAAACAUUUUCACCAGAAUUGGUGUUUGUCACAGAAAGAAUGGUCUUUGCAAUGCUUCCAGUGGUUACCAUUCCUUUAGUAAUUUCUGUUGUUGUGGGUCUUGUCGGAAUUACAAAUGCACCAUUUUACUUGGUUGGUGUGUUGUGUUUGUAUGCAUUCUUGGUUGGAAGAAGAGAGGUAUCAUCAUUCUCAAAGAAUAGAUAUAUACAGCAUCCGCUCGAAUCUAGAAUUCUGAUUUCAAUGAUUUUUUUGCUUCCACCAGUUUUUCACAUUUUUAUUUACCACAACACAUUCAUGGAUAAUUUUGCCACUCAUCUCUAUACUUUGAACGCAUUGGUUGCUUUGGCAUUGUUAUUCAUUUCCUCUGAUCCAGCAGCAUAUUUGUGGGCAUUUAAUGAUUCUGCUUAUGAUAUGGUUAUUAAUCCAGCAAAGGCAAGCAGAGGAGUGAAUUUGAAGAUUGAAAGCCACAACACUAUGAGAUAUUUUGUUCAGCUUGUUUCUUUGGCGUUGCUCAAUCUCUGGAUAGAAUUUAGAGUCAUCUUACCAAGAUAUCACUAUUUAAUUCCACUUGGAAGUCCAUGGGACAAGAUUAUUGUCUUUGGAGCAUUGAACGCAUUGGCCAGCUUUUUGCUAUUGGCUAUCUACAAUCAAAACUACACUGGCCCAAAUAAGAGUUCCAUGACCAAAUCCUUAUUGACUAUAUUCAUGGUAGCAUCAUCAUUUUUCGGUGGAAUCUUAAUUGGUCUUCCUUUCUACUUGAUUCCAUUUCCAAUAGUUGCCAUGUUCUUUGGUGUCAGUUAUACUUUCGAAAAGAAGAUUUACAAAUUUUUAAUUUUCAUUGGAUGCGCCAUGAUUUGUGCUCUUUGGUUUGUUGCUCACCAUUUCUGGUUUUUGAAUUUCGAAUUUGAGCUAUCAUUCUUGCCAUUUACUUGGUCUUUAAGAAUGACACACAGUACUAUUUUGAUCCUAUUCCUGCUCGCUGUGUCCAUGUUGGCUAUUCCAUACACUCUACCCACUGAUGAUGAGACAACUCCAAAAGCGAUCGGAACAAAAGAAUACUUCUCAGCAGCCCGAAACACAAUUUUAAUUGUGCAAGUUCUACUAUUAGCUCUUUUGGAACAAUUAUUAUAUGAGCAAUCUGAAGGUUUUUACUCGCCAACUCUUAUUAUAAUUACUACUGGUUUUGGUGUCGCGUUUUGCAAGAGACUCUUCCAACUUAAAUUAAUCUCAAUUGACACCGUUUCUCUGUUGACCUCACUUUACAUUUCCAAACUAGCUAUUAUGCUUUCUCAACAAGGCGUGUACGGAACAUAUAUUAGUGCUGUCUUCUCUACAGUUUCAUUUAGUAGAAUGUACUAUGCUACCAUCACUAACGACGGAGACAAAACUUUCAGUGCCAGUCCAGCAACAUGUGUUUUCUAUAUUUUUGCAAGUGGAAUUACCUUAUUUUUAACACGCAACAUUUUGCUUAAAACAGUCAUGUCUGUGCUCCUAGAUACCAGAUUCUAUGACAUGAAUCAAGCACACUUGUUUGGUUUCUUCUGUAUUGCUUGGGGAAUUGCUAUUUUACCACUGUCUGUUAAUUACAUGAAACAUAACUCACUUGUGAAGAGAUUUAACGUAUUUUUGAUAUUGAUUGGAUUGGUUGUUGCUGUUUUGCAGCCAAGUCUUGCCUUCUUCUCAUUCAGUGAUAUUAGCAGCUCUUCUCUAUCAGGUACAGCAGGAUUUGCAGGUGAUUUCAACUCACUUGAAAAAACUUCUGAAUCGCUCUCUGAUUUUAUUCCUUGGAUUGUUAUUAUUACCUUGGUUGUUCUCUUCAGUCUAGACAUUAUUUCUUUGGGAGAAAGAUCUAACAUUGUGAUCAGAAUUGCAUUCUUUGUGUUGGUGGCUAUUGGAUUUUCGAUUAGCUUCUCAGGCCUCUAUCUCUAUUACACUAGAAUUUGGACUCACUUGACAGUUUUAAUUACCAUGGUGAUUGCUGCGCUAGUGAUUUAUACGACUCACUUCCCUCUCAAUCACUCCUAUCAACCAUCCUUAUUUUUAUUUGCUGCUUUUGUUAUUACUCUUCCAGUCACCUAUUUGUCCAUUUACAUUGACGAAGAGUCUCUCAAACAAAAGAACAGCUUCCUUAAGGCUGAGUCACUACAUCCAAAUACUUAUUCAUUUGUUUUGACAGAGCUCACAAAGAGCGCUAGAAUUGCAAUCCUGGGCUUGUAUUGCGCCUUGUCAGCUCUUAUUGCAAUUCUGAUCAAAUUCAAGCUCAUUGGAUAUCCUCUAAUCAGAAUUAGAAAAUCCAACAAGGUACUGAAUGUGAGGAAUGACAAUGAAAGCGCCUCUCAAACAAUUGAUCCUUAUCUAUCAGUUCCAGGAUCUGACGAGUUAUCAGUUGUCAACAAUGGUGCUACAGUGGCUUGCUUUGUGUUGUGUAUUGCAUUGACUACUUGGUUAAAUCCAGACCGAUAUGAAGCUUACUUGCUAUUCUGCUGCAUUUUCUUACUUCUCAACAGAGACAGCCAACUAUUGUCUGAAUUCAAAGAUAGUUUGAGAUUUAUUGUUGUGUUGCUUGCAAUGGAAGUUUGCAUGGCCAUGUUCUUCAUGAUUGACUCUAUUCUUUUCUUCAGCACAUCAGCAACUUCUCCAAGCUAUACAUUUGAUGGAAUGAUUUCACAGUAUGCACUCAAAUUCCUUCUCUUGAUCCUAACAUUACCAAGUCAUAUUCUAUUCAUUAGAUUCCUUAUGAGGUUGAACAAACCAAACACUAGACCAAUUUUAAUAUCACUUCCAUUCAGUCUUCUCUCUGCCAUUCUCACCAUUGCCUUCUCUCUCUACUUGGAUAACUUCUACAGCUUGAUUUACAUUACUGUCAGUGCCGUUGGUGCCUCCAUUUUGCAAGCCAUGAUUUCUGCUCAAUACGUGAGAGAACAAGUCAUUCUUCUCUAA